GCUGGGCCGGGGCCGCGGAGCAGCAGGUCCGAACUUUUCCGGCGCUCCGAGCCCCGCGCCCGCCGGCAGCCAGAGCCGGGCAGCGCGGGGAAGCAGCCGGACUGCGGCUCCGAGCUGCCCGCGCGCAGGUGCCCGGGCACCUUGGCCCUGCGCCGCCCCGGGCAGCCCCUGCCCCUGCCCCUGCCCCCGCCCGCCCGCCCCGCGGCUCCCGGGCUCGGGCGCGCAGAGUGCCUCGCGGAGCGGGCCCUUCCGUCAUCUCCCCCUCCCCGCGCCCCGCGCUCCCGCCUCAGCUUCUCUUUCUGGAUGUUCAAGGCAAGGAUGAGCAAACCGCUCCAGCCCGAUCGCAGGGUGUCGGCGGUGGCUCCGCUGCAGGACGGCUCCGGGCAGGCGGCGCAGAAGAAGGAUGUGGAGCUGAUCCUGGUGAAGGAGCAGAACGGGGUGCAGUUCACCAGCAGCAGCCUCCUGUCGCCCGCCGCCAGCCCCCCCUACGGCGCCGGGGUCGGGCAGGACAGAGAGACCUGGGGCAAGAAGAUCGAUUUCCUCCUCUCCGUCAUCGGGUUCGCGGUGGACCUGGCCAACGUCUGGAGGUUCCCCUACCUCUGCUACAAAAAUGGAGGGGGUGCCUUCCUUAUCCCUUACAUCCUUUUCCUAAUCAUUGCUGGAAUGCCCUUGUUCUAUAUGGAAUUAGCACUGGGCCAGUACAACCGGGAAGGGGCUGCUACCGUAUGGAAAAUUUGUCCACUUUUCAAAGGUGUAGGCUAUGCAGUGAUACUUAUAGCUCUUUACGUGGGUUUCUACUACAACGUUAUCAUAGCUUGGUCUCUGUAUUAUCUGUUUUCAUCAUUCACAUUUGAACUCCCCUGGACGAAAUGUGGCAACAGCUGGAAUAGCCCAAACUGUACAGAUCCCAAACUCUUCAACGCCUCGGUGCUUGGCAAUGGCACCAAGUACUCCAAGUACAAACUCACUCCUGCUGCUGAAUUUUAUGAACGAGGAGUUCUACAUCUGCAUGAAAGCAGUGGUAUCCAUGACCUUGGCUCACCUCGAUGGCAGCUAGCAUUAUGCCUGUUGGUGGUGGUAAUAAUUCUUUUCUUCAGUCUGUGGAAAGGUGUAAAGACAUCAGGAAAGGUUGUGUGGAUAACAGCCACUUUGCCUUAUGUUGUACUAUUUGUAUUGUUAGUACAUGGAAUAACAUUGCCUGGUGCAUACAAUGGGAUAAAUGCAUACCUACAUAUAGAUUUCAGAAGAUUAAAAGAAGCUACAGUAUGGAUUGAUGCAGCCACCCAGAUAUUUUAUUCUUUAGGAGCUGGGUUUGGAGUUUUAAUUGCAUUUGCCAGUUACAAUAAGUUUGACAACAACUGUUACAGGGAUGCAUUGCUGACGAGCACAAUUAACUGUGUCACAAGCUUUAUCUCAGGAUUUGCAAUUUUCUCCAUAUUGGGCUACAUGGCUCAUGAGCACAAAGUUAAAAUCGAAGAUGUAGCCACUGAAGGGGCUGGUUUAGUUUUCAUCAUUUAUCCAGAAGCCAUUUCAACCCUUUCAGGAUCAACAUUUUGGGCAGUGGUGUUCUUUAUAAUGCUGCUUACACUGGGCAUUGACAGUUCAAUGGGUGGAAUGGAAGCAGUCAUCACUGGUUUGGCAGAUGAUUUCCAGAUUCUGAAGAGGCACAGAAAACUUUUCACCUUUGGUGUUUCCUUUGGCACUUUCCUACUUGCUCUUUUAUGCAUUACCAAUGGAGGAAUUUAUGUCCUCACACUGCUGGACACAUUUGCAGCUGGGACUUCAAUCUUGUUUGCUGUUUUAAUGGAAGCAAUUGGAGUUUCCUGGUUUUAUGGUGUGGACAGAUUCAGUAAAGAUAUCCAUGAAAUGAUGGGCUUUAAGCCAGGCCUCUACUGGAGACUAUGUUGGAAAUUUGUUAGCCCUGCUUUUUUAUUGUUUGUGGUGAUAGUCAGUAUUAUAAAUUUCAAACCUCUGACAUAUGAUGACUACACCUUCCCCCUCUGGGCAAAUCGCAUUGGCUGGGGAAUAGCAUUAUCUUCAAUGAUACUUGUGCCUGCCUAUAUUAUUUAUAAGUUUCUGAAUGUUCGUGGGACCUUUAAAGAAAGACUAGCUUACUGCAUCACACCUGAAAAUGAACACCAUCUUGUGGCACAAGGGAAUGUGAGGCAGUUUAAGCUUCAACACUGGCUAGCAAUAUGACAACUGACAGGUUGAGGAAAAGCCAAUAUGUUUAACAAAACUCGGAAUAAAUGAAAAAUCAAGUUCAAAGCUCCCUUUGAUUGUGCUUGGACCAGACUGGCUCAGAGCUCAUCUACUGAUUCCUUUGAGGGAAGACACAUCUUCCACUUUGUUCCUAAUGCCUCCUUUCUAUUACUUGGUUUCAAAUGAUCUCUAUAGACUGGCUUUCAUUUUUUUUUUAAAUCUUUCAGUGACAUGAGUUCCAUACAUGACCAAUACUUGUGAGCUUUGCUAGAGCUAGAAGUGGAGGAGGGAGCAUAAAAUCAGCUUUGGUUAAAGGCACUCUUGUCUUGGAGAAAUAAAUAAAAAAUUUCUGACAGUAAUAAUUACUUCCAGUAUUACUGCCACCUUGUUUAAACCAGCUACAUCCAUGCUCUUAGCUCUUUAAGGAGAUAGAAGCAUCUCAGUUAUGAGACAACAGUGACUUUAACUGUGCAUCCAUGUUUGUUUUCUUGCAGUACUAUCCUUUGGGAUAUAAUUUUGCACCGUUCUGAAGUGAAGACUAAAUGCUUCAUUUUCAAUGGUUUGUUAUUAGUCUCUUCUCUUGGUGAAGAAGAUUGUCCUUGCUGUAUAUGUCUGUGCCAUUUUCUGUGCAGUAUAACUAUAAAAAUUGAAAAAUAAUAGGGAUGGAAUUAUAUUCUGUACUCAAUAGCCACAAUAGGAAUCUAGUUCAACAAUACACCAUACUUAACGAUGAAAACACAUUCCCUUAUGUCACCAAUUAAAUGGCUAUAUCAUAUAAUGCAUAUUCAGUACACUUUUUCAGUUAAGUACCAAAAAUAUAUACAAGUAGUCAGACUUCAUUUUGUUCUUUUGUGCCAAAUAAAGAAUGUACAGUAUCUAUAUAAAUAUGUAGACAGAGACAAUUAAUUUUAAAAUAAGCUGAUCUGUCCAGAGGCACCAAAAUACCAAACUUUGGCUUUAUUCUGCUGUUGUGAAUGCACCAAUAUAAAUGUCAUCUGGAUUCAACUGCUAGCAUCUAAUAAAAAAAUGUGUUAGAUGGAACAGGCUUUUAGGCAUACUCAGCUGUACAUGCCUAUUUGAACACAUUUUUUCUUUGGUUAUUUCAAGUAACAUUUUGCAAACUAGAAAAUACAGAGCAAAAGCUUAGCACAUUUGGAUGCUGUUCUGUAUGGUCACUCUUUGAAUGCCACAUAUUCCCAGUGAUCACUAGGUUGCAGUAACUGUGAAUUAAUUAUUAUACCUGAAUAUUAGUAGAGCAUUCUGAAAUUUCAGAGACUGCAGGUUCUCAGUUGAAUCCAGCUUGGACUUUGAGACUUACCUCUGAAUAUCUUUCUUUUUAUAUGUUCAAUACCGUUUCUUAAUUUUUAAAAAUAUAUAUGUAGUAUUUCCAUUUUUUUAAAUUAUUUAAAAAGGACAGUGUUUAUAUUUUAAUUCAUUUUUCUAAUACCACUCUACAAAUCCAAAUAAAAGUUUUUCCUAUAGAUUUUGUCAUCUUCCAUUUUACAAGCACUGACUUCCAUCCAAGCCACAAUGUUUGUAAAGGAGUUAUAGUAUAUCUACUUCUUUGUUUACAUCUUUUUUUUUUUUAUAUCCCAGCAUUACUGAAAAGCCAGAAUUAUUUAAUAAUUCUUAAAAUAACCUCUAAUUUUAGUGUCCAAGUGACAAAGAAGUGGUUUCACUAAUACAAUGUUUUUUAACCCAAAUGACACAGUCUGCCAUUCUUAAAAUAAGUCCAUUUUUAUCCAAGUAUAUAGACAACAGCCCUUUAACAUACUUUUUACAUUUUUAUUUUAAUAAUCAAGGAUGUUUCUGUUGUUAUAGUUUAGUACAGUAUUAUAAUUUCUCAAAAGUCCAAAUAUUUUCUAGAAAGGAAAAUAAGUUUAUUUUUUUCUAAAAAUGAUCAUUAUAUAGUAAUUUCCUCCAAUUAACAUUGCUUGUUAAAUUAUUCUGGGGCAUUAUUUUGUUGGUAUACACCUUAGCAAUGGUGUAACUUGCUUAGGCACUUUCCUGCAGUGAUUCAAAAGAUUCUCAGAAUGGUAAUGAGUAUCAAAUCUCAAACUACCAGGAGAAUGUUUAGUGAGCAGAUCAUAAUGGAUUGUCAUAUUUUAUAGCUCUGGGUUUGCACAGAAAAAGUAAACUGAAAUUAUUACAACCUGCACUAAAGUUCAUUUGUGAAAAUGUGUUCAUCUAUGUUGAAACCUGCAAAGAAACAUUAUUUAAUUUUCAGUCUGCUCUGAAACCUUAGUGUGGUGAUCCUUCCUCUAAGAGGGAUUAGAGUUGGCUCCACAUAGAGGGUGAGGGGCUGAAACUGCAAAUGUUUACCAGCCCUAAUGUUUAAUGUUAUGAAUAAAGCCUACUGAUAUGUAUGCCCAAAGCAAGGGGAAUUACCCACAUAAUUUCUUUUUGUCCCUACUCACAGCUCUUACAAUCUAAACACAAGACAAGAAUGGACUUGAGAGGCAGAGGAACUCUGUUCAGUCAGACUAUUCAUGGUAGUAGUAAACAAUAUACUUAGUAGCAAGUGCUUGCAUGGUUGACCUUAGUUCGAAGUGUCAGGCCCAGUAAACUUUUAAUAAUUCAAGGCAUUUCUUCUGCCAUAGACAGAAUAUGUUGUCCCAGAAGUGAAAGAGUACAAGGGGAUGCAAGGCAUCUAUCAGAGGGCUAAGCAGGGUUAUUUGACAGAUUUGGAAAUCACUGGCCGGAAUCUUUAUUUCUCAGUACCAGAAAAGAAAGGGGCACAGUGCUAGUUCUUUUCCUUCUGUUCUGCUGGGCCUUCACUGACACAGAAAUCACAGUGGCACACCAAACCACAGAAGAUGAAUUAAUAACAAGAGAAUUUGCUUUUCUUUUACAUUCUUUUAAGUUAAUUCAAGUGGCAGGGUGAAUUUUCCAAAUAAAUGCCAUUUUCUACAGCUAGUAUUAGAACACUAGAAACCAGGAUUUCUUAAUGGAAGUAUAGUGAGCCAUUUAAAGUGCAGUAGUUCUAAAAACAUUUGCAUGAUUUAGUGUUUGGCCUCUGUUUGAACCACUCAGUAUUGCAUCUUAAUUCUGUCCUGGGACAUACUUAUUGGCAACGCUUGAAAGAUAUUUUACCAUAGCAAGGGAUUUUGCAGGAAGUCCAGGAUCAAAUGUGAUAUUUUAAAUAUAGAAUACAGGGGGGAGGGAAGCUUGGCUGUUGCUAUUGAAUAUGUUCGGCAACUGCACAUACAACACACAUUGUAUUUAAUUUUCCCAGAGGAAGUUCUCUGCAGUUGUUAUUUUUUCUCAGUAAGAUACACAUUGAUAAAAUGACCAUCUUCAAACUUGGAGUAUAUAUACUCACUACUUACACCAUUGUUUCAAGGUGAAAUAAACUUAUUUUCUCCUAUUAGGUUACAAUAACAUGCCACUUGGAAAAUGACCUCAUUUUUUAAAGGUCAUCUUAACACUUAAUAUAAAAUUAAUCCUGAUUUCUACAGCAUCCAUAGCAUUGACAUUUGUUUUGGAUGUGUGUUGUAAAAGUAUCUUGAUAGAUAUCUCAAAGCAUUGUCAAAUGUGCUGUGGACAUCUCAUUUACAUUGCCCAACUCAAGACCAUGAAAGACCCUAAAUUAGAACUCAGUUUAAGUGCUGCAAACUGAGCCCUCAAAACCAUAGAUAUCAUUUUAGAAAGCUAGCCCCAGUACAGCAAAAUAAAGAUUUUACAUAAGCAUUCUUAGAGACUUUCAUCCAAAAAGAUUUUCUUUUUCUACUCUGCGCAGUAAACAGGAAUAGGCUGGCAGCUACACGUGCAGGCGUUAAAGUGCAUUAAUGCUGUGUGUGGACCGACUUGGGACUAAUGUUAGUCCCAAGUCGGUCCACACACACAGUGUUACUGCGUAGUAAAGUAUCCACAUGUGUGUUACUGUACAGUAACUAAUUGGGCUCAAGGCAGUAUAAGUUGCCAUAUUUACUGUGCAGUAUGGGUGUGCACAUGUAGAUGCACACUUGUGCUGCAUAAUAAUUCUGAUUACUGUGCAGUAAAUAUGCAUGUGUAGAUGUGCCCUAUAUUGAUUAUCACAACUUUUCCUGUAACGAAUUCCAGCUAUUCAGUAAACAAGUCUGAAUUGUAAUAUAAUACUAAACUGCUCAGGUCAGGUCUACACAAAGAACAGCUUAGAAGCUAGAUUAACUAGCACCCGCAGUUGCAAUUUAAGGCUACUAGUGCCAUUUCUGCAGGGCCACCCUCUACACUGGGUUAGUGGAGCAGAAGCACUGUUCUGAGUGCAGGUGGCUGGUAGGAGCCCCAAGAGAUUAAAAUAGCAGGAACAGUGCAGUGCUGGGCAUCUAAGCCAUUGCCCCUUUUUUCCUGGCAUAAUGACAAAUAAAUAGUGCCUGUGAAUGAUGAAACACUCCUACAUAUGUAUACCCCAAGGGUCCUUCUUAUGCUGAGUUCUAUUUCCAUGCACUGGCUGCACUGUUUUAGGACAGGCUAUGCCAAUACAGUGCUGUGCAAAGUGGUUAUAGAAUUCCUUGGAACUCUGUUUGUAUGGAAUAAACAAGGCUGCAGUUAAACUCUGUUAGUAUAUUGACCCCAUGCUGUUCCUCUUUGUUUUGUAAAAGUUCAUACCUAAUUUAAAAAAAAAAAAGGCCCUGCUAGCUAGAAUAAAUCACAAUUAUAAUUUGGAGGCUUUCUGUAUUACAGAAUCUUAGGGGUUUUUUUAAAAUUUAGUUUAACUCUUGUAACUCAGUUUUAUGGAAGACAAUAUUUAGGGUUCUUCCCUGCUCCCCCACCCCCCUCCAGCCUCCCUGCAUACUGGAAAGAAACAUUUGCUUACAGGAAAACACACUGAAUAAGAUCACCGAUAGCUUUGAGAAAAAGAAAACCCAAUUACUGUGUUUGUGCAAUGCCUCAAGUUUGAUGUACAAGAAGAUGGGUUAAAACAAAUUAAAGCCAUGGUAAAAGCAGAAGCAGGAAUAGGCAUUUCCUGCAUCUGAGUCUAUGAAUAUGUGUGAACAGAAGUUGGAAACAAACUUUUCAUAUUACCAUUACAACCUAAUAGAUGCGAUUCUGGAAACUUGUGGAUGGUAAUAUUAAUAAGGAUUUAUUAUUGAAUACAAUUUUAUGUAUUGCAAAUAAAGAGUAUAACCUUCAACUUCAACAUUAAUAUUUCCUAGCAAAACUUGUUUUCCUGAAAAAUUAAAUUAUUAUGGCUCAUACAGGAAAACUGUUUGAAUAGAAAUUGUAAGUUACUCAUCAUUGCUUUCAAGACAGUCAUCAGUGAGGUGUCAUACUCUGAUAUUUUGUCAGAAAAUACAACCUAAAACAACCCACAAAUAUCAUGCUAGGAAACAAAGGGCAUUUUCAGUCCUUCUCACAUACAAAAAACAUGCAGCAAUAUUUUAAAGGUGGGUACACUGUUUGGCCAUAGUACUUAAGAAAUAUUUAUAAUGUAUUGUGAAAUAAACUCACAAGGUGCUUGUAUCAAAGAGCAUCCUGGCUAUUUUGGUGUUGUGUGUGGCUACCUGUUUUUCAGUGGCACUAAGACAUCAUAGAAAAGUAGGGCUGCAAAGGAACUCAGAAGGUCAUUUAUUCAACCCCUAGUGCUACUAAGGCAUUGUGUUGUCUUUGACAGUAACCAAAUUAUUAAUCCUUGGCAUGAGUUUCUCUCAUUUUAACAGCUUCAGGACAAAAUGUAUCCUUUCCUCCCUUCCUCCAAUGGUUGCAUGUUGUGACACCAAUUAGAGUCGAAGCAUCAGUAACUAAGCUGAUGAGCGGCAACACAAAUGAUCCAUAUAAACUUGUCAGUGGGUUCCUUUAUUACCCUGAUCUGAAAUGUACUGUUUUUGUAGACCACAUGAUGGUGAACAUUACUACUUAUUUGUUGCAUGUCAUGCAAAAUCACUGGGCCAACAUAAAGAAUAUUCAGGUGCUGAUGUUGGAUGUAAAGUUUCAAUCCUCUGGCUCCAUCCAGAUGAGUACCGACUAGCACACUACUAAGAAUGGCAAGUUCAUAUUUAAAUAGGGCCAAUAUCUUCAUUUGCAUCUACAUGCCAUGGCACUGUUCAUCACCUGAGCUCUGCCUGUUCUACAAAAAUAAAGGUAACCACUUCUGAACUUAAGAUUUCAUGUAUGUUUAUCAGACAUGUAUCAAUUUGACAACUGGAGAGUUAACCACCAGGUAAAGAGAAAACAACUACAGUCAGUAGAAAAAAAAUAAUUGCAUUUUAAAUAAGUGACUUCUUCUACUGGUAAGGCUUGUCUUUUUCUUUUUAGUGGCCAUAGAAAAUGUACUUAGGCAAAUGUUAAUCAUUGUGUGGGGCAAGUAAUGUAAGGGGUGAGCCAAAAAGAUCAAAGGGAUUUUUUUCAGUGAUACCAACCUCUUUUGCAAACUGCUCUGAAAUCUCCUGGUACAGGUGUAUGUAAGAGCUGGAUCUUUUUAAUACUUAUGAAUCAACGCAUCACAUAUUGUGUAAACACCCACAUCUUUUUCAGUAGGGUUCGGAUCAGACCCAAUAGGAUAAGUUUUUCUUUCCUAACCUGAGACCUCACAUAGAUAAGCUACUAUUGCCCUCAGCCUUGAUGAUGAGAUGAACAGACCUUUUGCUUCACCCCAAGGCUUGAUUGUAAGGCAGGGCCAUUAACAUUAUUUUCAUUAUAAAAAGUUUUUUGCUUUGCCUCUUUCACUGCAACUUUUCCAGAGGUUCUUACAUUACUUGAUUUCUCUAAUAGGAUAACACACAAAAGUGCAAUGAAUUAAGAAAAUGAAUAAGCAUUAAGUUGUCUCUGUUUAGAAGUAUCAAGUUGUUUCUUGAUCACUGCCAAGAUGGUAUUAAACUUGCAGAUGACCCACAUUCAUAAUUUAUUUUGUUGCACCCACUGUAUGAGCCUGUUUGUGACAGCGUAGUAUUUGUGUGGUUAAGAGUAAUAUUAAUUAUAAAGGGAGCAUAUCCAAAUACUACACUUAAAAAGUAAUUUAUAAUCUUGAUCAAGGUUUGCCUUACAAAUAAAAGCUUUAUAGUGAGCAUUUACUUGGUUUACACAAAAGUGUUUUACUUAAUUUUUAAUGCCUUUUUAUAGCAGUGACUAGAAUUUACCUUAAAUAAGGGUACUUCUGUAUAUGAAUAUUUUAAUAUUUUUACCAGUUUUUUUAAUUUUUCAUAAAAUAUAAAUGUAUAUCAUAAGGUAGAAAUUUAGCUUUUGUGUAAUCAGAUUAUCACACAAGACCCAUCUCUCCAUUAUUAUCCAGUCUAGUUCUAUGUAAUCAGCCAGUCUAGUUCUAUAAUAUGUUAGCCUUUUGCUUAUAAAUGUAAACGUGAUAAUGGAGAAUAAAACAUUGUUACCUACAGCUAGAAGCGUACUGUAGCAUAAUAUUCUCCAAAGCUGCCUUAAUAUCAUAAAAGGAAGUCACGUGUAUGUAGUCUAUACUCUGAAAAAAUAAUCAGAGCAUGUUUGGCUGCAUUUCUGUUUUGUCCUAGAGAACAUAAUUUUAAAAAAUGGAUACGGACCUAUCGGUCACUAAUGACAAGAAAUUCUGUUGAUGUUCUCAAGAAGAAAUUUGUAUGGAAGUUGACAAAUUGCUACUAAUGUGAACAUUCUCCAAAGCAACCUAGUGGCCAGAAACAUAAGAAUAAAGCCACAAAAACUUUCACAGCUAAUUCCAUUAGUUGAGUGAUCUGCAGAUCCCUUUUGUCAGCCAUUUUUCAUUUUUGAGAGUCAUACAUUAAUGUCUGUGGUUGUCUGAGGAAAAUGGCAUUUCAACUUCUUUUUUUAAGGGGACAUCUACACAUCUGUGUAUGUAACAAGAAACAAUUGUUUCUUAUAAAUAUGGCUGUAUGUGUGAUAUAUACGCUGGUUAACUAUACUCAAAAUGUUGAUAGAGUUGGUGAAUGUAAAGUAUUUGUCCUCAUUCUUCUGUCCUUUCGUGAUCAGUGUAAAUAAGAAAUAUUUUAAGCUGUGCAUCAUCAAUGUAACAGAUUCCAAAAUUGUGUACAAAGUCUUAUUUAAAUUAAUACAUAAAAUCUGACAAAUAUGCACAUAAAGAGUAUAAACAAUAAAGAAUAUCUUCUGUACCAACAA